AGGUCGACUUCAAGGCCCAUUCAGUUCGCAACCACCACGCGCCGCCGCCAAUUGCCAGUCACCCCCGCGGUCGCCAACACCACCCAGUCGCCCACCAUGUCUCAAUCGGUAGCCGGUUCGCCACCACCCACAAAGUCCGAGAAGAAGCACAAGGACAAGAAGCGCUCUAGAGAAGAGGCCGAAGAGGUCCCCGCCGUUGAAGAUGCCCCCAAGAAGCACAAGAAGUCCAAGUCCGAGUCGCUAGAAACCGAGACGACCGACAAGAAGGCCAAGAGGUCGAAAAAGUCCAAGAAGAGCAAGCUAGAGGCUGAGCCAGAGCAGCCUGAAGAGGAGGAGGAGAAGCCUGAGCAGGAGGCGGCCGUCGCAUCAGAAUCCGAGGCUGAGGAAAAGAAGAAGCGCAAGAGCAAGGACAAGAAAGAGAAGAAGGAAAAGAAGGACAAGAAGGACAAGAAGAAGCGACAAGCAUCCGCCACCCCCGAGCCCGAGCCCGAGACCACAACCGAUGCGAUGGACGUCGACACCACUACCACCUUCCCCACUGACGACGACGCCGACUUCCCCUUCUACACACAGGUCCACUCGCUCUAUGUGCCCUUCUAUCCCUGCGGCUUUGACAAGCCCAUCACCAACGUCGCCGCCCAACACCUCGAACCUCUGCUCAACCACUACUCCCCUGUCCUUCGCGGCGUUCUCCUCCGCUAUACCAACCUGAACCUCUCGGAGCGCCCCGUUCAAGCCUCCGUCAUUAACCCGCCCACCGAUAAGACUCCUGCCCUCUUACGUUCGGUCGACGAAUACGCCGUCGGUUUUGCCUACCUGACCUUUGACGCACACAUAUUCAAGCCUGCCCGCGGCAAGUGGAUGGAGGGUGUUGUCCAGCUGCAGUCCGAAGGCCACAUUGGCGUGCAAUGCUGGGGGAGGUUCAACGCCAGUAUCGAGGCCAAGAGGUUGCCGAAGGGGUGGAAGUGGGUAGAUCUCAAGGGCGACCACAAGUCGUACAACCAACAAGAGGAGGAGCAGCAGGAGGAGGAGGAACAACAAGAGGAAGAGGACCAGCUGGACGGCGAAGAGCUGCAGGUGGUCGAACAAGUGCACACCACCGGCUACUGGGUCGACGCCUCCGGAAAGAAGGUCUCGGGCAAGGUGCGCUUCAGAAUCAAGAACUUUGACGUUGGUCUCGCCGGUGAUUACGGCUACCUCUCGCUCGAAGGCACAUUCCUCAACGACCAAGACGAGCGCGCCCUGCAAAAGGAGGAGCGCGAGCUGGAGCGCAAGCGCCGCUCGAGGCAGAACCCCGGCGGUCUCCUCAGGCCAAUGAGCAGGAGGGUGCCCGAGUUCAGCAUGACCAAGUUCGGCAAGGAGGAGGAGGAAGAGGAUGCGGGCCAGAGGACCGUGUUUGCAAAGGUGACGGGCAAGGAGGGAGAUGUUACGCCGGAUGAUUAGGUGUGGUCAGGCCUUACGUGCUCGGGGUCGUCGCCGGUUAAGCAACCAAGGGGAAGCAGUCAAAGAAGUAGCCCGAUGACGCCGAGGAGUCCGGGGUUUCGGUAGUGCCCGAGACCUUUUAUCGUGGAGGCUGAGGUUGAUCCCGAGGCCGAGGCCCUGUGGAAGUGGACCAGGUGAUGCCACCCAGUGGAUGUGGAUGUGGGCAUAUAAUUUCAUGUGUUUCUCUCUCUUGGGUCGGAGUUGCGGGCUUGUAUGUGUUUUGUCAUUUGCAUUGUCCUUUCUUUUUCUGUCUGUACGAGAUACAUACUACGUUUGAUAGCAAAACCCCUUCAACUGCAAUGGUGGCAUAUAGACACCAUCUUUGAUCAUGUUGGUUGGGGAAAGGGGGCCAUGGGGAAGAGGGUUUUAGAAGGAUUAGACUGAUACCAUUUGUCUGGGCUGUCGUCUUUUGUGAAACCGUCUAGGAAGUCAUGUGGGAAUACACGGCACAGUCACUGAAGUUCACGACGUCGUUGGUGGGUGGGUUGAGAGCGACGGAUCUCGUACCGGCACCCUUCGACAUACUGUGGUACCAGGGCAGUUUCAAGACCUCCCGGUUUCUGCCCCAGCUCUGGACUCUGGACUCUGAGCUCGUCCAUGCCCGGAAACUCUGCAUGUCAGUUGGGCGAAGUGGCCUUUUUACGUUCUCAUUUAUUCUUACCUACAACGGUCACCUAGGGCAUUCAUGAAGCCCGCCCGAGUGGUCACGGUCAGUCCUGUU